UGUCCCUUCUCAAGGCUUUUUUGAGGUUUAGUCCUGCUGGUCAGGAGGCAACUGCCAGUCUCAGCGGGUCUGAGCUCUUGACGGCUGCGAUUCCGGGGUGAUAUUUGGAAAUUGGCACCAUGAAGAUGAAGAGGAAGCUCUGCCCACCAUGGCCAGCACAGGCCCCGCACGGUCCCAGAAGCUGUUUAGUGAAAAAAUUAGCGGUGCAGAAGGAACGAAGCUGGAUGAGGAGUUUCUGGACAUGGAAAAGAAAGUAGAUAUUACGAGUAAGGCUGUUGCAGAAAUCCUGUCAAAAGCCACCGAGUAUCUGCAGCCCAACCCAGCAUACAGAGCUAAGCUGGGAAUGCUGAACACUAUGUCGAAGCUUCGAGGGCAGGUGAAGGCCACCGGCUACCCACAGACAGAAGGCUUGCUGGGGGAUUGCAUGCUGAAGUAUGGCAAGGAGCUCGGAGAAGAAUCUGCUUUUGGCAAUGCACUGAUAGAAGUUGGUGAAUCCAUGAAACUCAUGGCUGAGGUGAAAGAUUCUCUGGAUAUUAAUGUGAAGCAAACGUUUAUUGACCCCCUGCAGCUACUGCAAGACAAAGAUUUAAAAGAGAUUGGGCACCACCUGAGGAAACUGGAAGGCCGCCGCCUGGAUUAUGAUUAUAAAAAGAGGCGAGUAGGUAAGAUACCUGAGGAAGAAAUCAGACAAGCGAUAGAAAAGUUUGAAGAGUCAAAGGAGCUGGCCGAGAGAAGCAUGUUUAAUUUUUUAGAGAAUGAUGUGGAGCAAGUCAGCCAGCUGGCCGUGUUUGUGGAGGCGGCGUUAGACUAUCACAGGCAGUCCACAGAGAUCCUCCAGGAGCUGCAGAACAAGCUAGAGCUGCGUAUAACGUAUGCCUCCAAACUCCCCAGGCGAGAUUACGUGCCAAAGCCUGUGAGCACGAGCCCCGGUGACAUCAAUGGAGUCUCCACCAGCACUUCCUCAAAGUUAUCAGGUACUCACAUUCCCGCGGACCAACCCUGCUGUCGCGGUCUCUAUGACUUUGAGCCAGAAAACCAAGGAGAAUUAGGAUUUAAAGAAGGGGACGUCAUUACACUAACCAAUCAGAUAGAUGAAAACUGGUACGAAGGAAUGCUGCGUGGGGAAUCCGGCUUCUUCCCCAUAAAUUAUGUGGAAGUCAUUGUGCCUUUACCUCGGUAAAUGUGUCCGUUGGACCUGAUUUCAUAACUGAAAUGAAUUUGCACCCCUCAGUGUGCUGUUCUGUGGCAUCCUCCCUCUCUGGCCCUCUUAAUCGCUUUGUAUGUGUGUUUUCUUUAUAAUGUAUUUUGUAUCAGUUUAAUUUGUAUAAUCGAUUUCUUUGUCCUAACUCAUAAAGAUAGUUUUCUUCUUGUUCUAAAAAGUCAUUGGUUAAAUGUAUUCACUUCCUGUUGCUAAGAAAAGUAAAUUGCGCCCAUUACAGAUACGUGAACGAAUGGCCUGUCUGGUCCUUACUUGCAAUGGAGCGCACCCUUUGCAGCUAAGAAAGCUAACGAGUUUGUUUCUUGAGGUUUUGAUGGCAUCCCGUCUUUUCCUGUUUUAAGCUUACCUGUGAACAGCCCAAUAAACAUGACACACUGUGUUCAUAAAAGA